UGCCCCGGAAGCAGUUUGUUGCGGGCCCCUGGACCUCUGACGGAGGUGGUCGGGGUGCGUCGCCAUGUUCCUGUCCUUGGUCUCCCUUGCCAAGAGCAAGUCAAAAGUCAUUCUGGUGAAAAUGAUGAGCGAAGCUGGGACAGGUUACACCUUCAACACUAAGAGAAGCCGACUGCGGGAGAAACUAACUCUGUUGCAUUAUGAUCCCAUUGUGAGAAAAAGAGUCCUCUUUGUGGAACAGAAAAAAAUACGCUCCCUGUAAACAAUGGAUUGCAAAUGAAUUUGAUUUAUAAAUGAGAAGACUGAGGGUGGGACACUUUUUCAGAAACUGCAGUGUGUAAUAAAAGAAGAGGAAAUGGCAAGGCAUCACUGCCUCCUGUGAUUUGAAGGCCAUUGUGAAGUUAAACAAUGCAGUGAAAGAAAGUUCUUCAUAUUAGGACAUAUAUCAUUGCAUCACAUUUAUUUAUCUUUCUGGAUAUUUUUAUAGCCCUUAAUAAAAAAUACUAAAAU